AUGAUUGGCCAACGGGUCGAUACCUUCAGAGAUCCGGAAAUACCUUUGUCCGAAAGCCCCGGCACGUGGCGUUGGCCAAUCGGUGGCGAGAAACAAACCAACCGAUUAAUUUCAGGCUUGAGCGGCGCAACCUCAAAAAGGGAAUCCAAAGGUGGCUUCUUCGCGAUAUUUUCCUAUCUCUUGUUCUUGGACAUCCUCGGUGCUUUCUAA